AGGGGUGGGGGCGGUUCUCGCCGGGCUGUGGCGGCCGCAGGAUGCAGCGGUGGCCAGUGCUGCUCUUCCUGGCCUGGGUCUGCUUUCUCUUUUUCGCUGGUAUCGGGCUUUUCAUGAGCGGCUUCUUGCUCACCCGGAUUGAGCUUGCCAGCAGCAGCUCCUGCUCAGACCCGUUUGUGCCGCCGUCCUGGGAGAGGCAGAGCCUCCCACCGGGCUCCUGUUGGGCGCCCCAGCGCUUUUCCAAGGCUGUGCUUGUCAUCAUUGAUGCCCUCCGUUUCGAGUUUGCCCACUUUAACCCAGCCAAGGCCAGCCCACGGCCCUACGAGAACAAGCUGAGUUUCCUGCACCACCUUGUAACCUCCCAGCCCCGCCAUGCCCGCCUCUACCGCUUCCGAGCCGAUCCCCCCACCGCCACCAUGCAGCGCAUCAAGGGCCUCACCACCGGCUCACUGCCCACUUUCAUCGACGUGGGCAGCAACUUCGCCACCUACGCGAUCCAGGAGGACAACCUGCUGGCACAGCUGGUGCAGAACGGAAGGAGAGUGAUCUUCAUGGGUGAUGACACUUGGGAAGGACUCUUCCCAAAGAAGUUUUUCCGCUCGUAUUUCUUCCCUUCUUUUAACGUGAAGGAUCUUCACACUGUGGACGAUGGGAUCCUGCAGCAUCUCUAUCCAACUGUGGACAGUGGUGAAUGGGACAUGCUGAUUGCUCACUUCCUCGGCGUGGACCACUGUGGGCACAAACAUGGACCUGACCAUGCUGAAAUGGCUAAGAAGCUCACCCAGAUGAAUGAGAUGCUCAGGUCCUUGGUGGAGCACCUGGGGAAUGACACCCUUCUGCUGGUUGCUGGGGACCAUGGCAUGACAGAGACCGGAGACCAUGGCGGUGACAGCGAGAAGGAAGUGAAUGCAGCACUGUUUGUGUACAGCAAAACACCCCUAUUUGGCACUGGCCCUCCUGAGGAGCCUGAGGCCGUUGCCCAGGUGAACCUGGUGCCCACUGUGGCCCUGCUGCUGGGUGUGCCCAUCCCGUACAGUAACAUCGGGGAGGUGAUGGCUGAGCUGUUCUCUGGGGACGGUGACGCUGUGUCUGCAGCCUUGCAGCAGCUCUUGGUCUAUCACAUCAAUGCCAAGCAGGUGGACCGCUUCCUGCACUCCUACUCGCUGGUGGCUCAGGACCUGCCAGCAGAGCAGCUCCAGCACCUGCAGGACCUCUUCUCUGGCGCCAUGGAGGAGCACGCUCAGCUCUUGGCCCAGGUGCAGAGGCCGACGCUGGUGCCGCCAGAGCUGGAGUCCAGGCUGGGAAGCCUCAUCGGUCGCUUCCAGCUCUACCUGCGGGAGGCACGGGCUGUGUGCACCCAGUCCUGGGCCCGCUUCCAUCCCCUGCGUAUGGUGGGGGGCUGCACCCUUAUUGCCGCUUCCUGCUUGCUCUGCUACAUGGCCUCAGAGCUGGCCACAGCAUCAGACUCUUUCUAUCGCAGCUGCCUCCUGUACCCGCUGCUUUGGGGCCUGGUGGUGGCUGUUCUGCUUGGGCUGGCCCAUGCAUUCACCCAGAAUGGGCUGGAUCUCCUCCUGGUGUCAUCAUGGGCAGCUGCUGCUUCUCAGCUGGGUUUUUUCUGGCACUGGUGGGGCUGGCAUCCCAAGCGAGCCCGUUUGGUGGGCAGUCAGCCACCCUUGGCCAGUGUUAGCCUGAGGCAGAGGCUGCAAGCCUGGCUGCAGCUGGCCUUCCCCAUGGGCAUUCUGCUCUUCCGCUGCGGAGCUAUGUUCUCUGAUAGCUUUGUGGUGGCCGAGGCGCGAGUGGCCCCAUUCCUGCUGGCCUCGCUGGUGAUGUUGCUAAUAGGGAAGCUCCACUGGGACGGUCGCCUGACUGUGCCAGAAGGCCCCAAGCAGCAGCUCCUUGGCUUUUCUUCUUACCGGAGAGAGAUCUGGUACCUGCUGUGCCUCGUGGCCAUGCUCCUGGUCUGCGUGCGCCUCUCCAGUUUCUUCCACCAGUGCCGCGAAGAAAUCCCUCAGUGCCGGCCCUCUCUUUUCCUCUCCCCCCUUGCCAGCCUGAGAAACACACGGGCCAAGAACCUCUUCUACCUCCUGUGUGUGGCCUUGUUGGCCGGGCUGGUCUGUGCAGUGCGGAGCUGGCUGCGACACUACGGCAACCUGAACAGCUCGGACCCCCUUGUGCUCUUUGUGCGCUGGGGUUUCCCACUGGUGGUCCUUUGCAUUGCCUGCUACUGGGCCGUUGCCUCCAGCGCUGAUGACUCUCUCGGCAAGCUGCAGGAGCUGGUGCAGGUGGCAGUUGUUGCCUUUCCAUGGGCUGUCUAUGGCCUAGCGUCUGUGGGGCUGCUGCUGCUGCUGUGCAAUCCCAUGACGGUGUUCGCAAAGGACACGCGGGAGUCGGCAGGAUCCAUCGUCACUCCCUACCUGGGGGUUCCCAGCUCUGAAGUUGACUUCCUCCACGUCAUCCCUCAGAUCUAUAAGAGGAUGCAGGAGUCUCAGAAGAGCUGCCUGGAGCGAGGUGGCUGCAAGGCCACUGUUGCAGCAUAUGGACUGGGCAGUGUGUACUCGGCAGCCCUCGUCAUAGCACUCACCCUGCUGGGCUUCCUCUUGAUGCUUCUGCACAGCGAGCGGCUGAGUCUUGCCUUCCUGCUCCUCUUCCUGGAGGCCUUCGUGCUGCUGCACAUCCACACACGUGCCAGAGGCCUUGCUGGAGAUGCAGAGCCUUUUUCAGUGCCCUGGUAUGCAGUCAUCUCCUGGCUCCUUGCUGCUUCCCAGUUCUUCUAUUCCACAGGCCACCAGCCCAUCUUCCCAGCCAUCCACUGGAAUGCAGCCUUUGUGGGCUUCCACCUUGACCACAGCACGAACCUACUGCCCGCUGUCCUGGUGGGCGCCAACACCUUUGCCUCCCAUAUCCUCUUUGCAGUCAGCUGCCCUCUGCUCCUGCUUUGGCCCUUUGUGUGUGAGAUGCCCAGCUCGCAGAGGAAGAAGCCCAAGAAGGAGCCCCGGGAGGAGCUGCAGGAGGUGGAGGAGCACAUGAUGGAGAUGAGGCUGCGGGAGUCGCCAGAGAAGUUCUCCAUUGCUCUGCUGCAGCUGGGCCUGAAGUACCUCUUUGUCCUUGGGACACAGCUUUUGGCCUGUGUUUGUGCAGCUAUGAUCCUCAGGAGGCACCUCAUGGUCUGGAAGGUGUUUGCCCCAAAGUUCCUCUUCGAGUCACUGGGCUUUGUGGUGAGCAGCAUCUGCCUCCUGCUGGGGAUCUCCCUGGUGAUGCGUGUGGACUGUGCCGUCAGCACCUGGUUCAGCCAGCUUCAGCUCAGGUAGCAUUGGACAUGUUGGGGGAACCUGACCUGCUCGUCAGCCGAGGCUGUGGUUGUGUCCUUGCCUGCCUCAGGCCAGGAGGGAUACACAAACCACCAGCAACAAGUGCCUGCUGACAGUGGUCAGGGAUUAUCCCCAGCUUCCUGCCUCAGUGUUGCACAAACGGACUGGGACCGACUAUUGUCUGCUUGUUGUGGCAGUGUUUCUCAGCAGUGGACGUCAGAGCUCUCGCUGGGCUUUCGUUGCAGUAGGAGGUUUCUGCUGUAGGGGCCCAAGAAGCCAGAGUCCUGAAGUGCUCCUCUGGAGAAACACCAAAUGGGGAUCUUGCUGCUGCUUUCCUGAUAACUCACCCUGCUGUGCAGCUAGUCGACUUUAGUGGCCAGCGAGGUGUCACCUUACGCGUGCAGAGACAGAGACUCACGGGAAGGGGCCUGCUGAGGAGAGGAAGGAAGGGAUAGAGUCUGCAGCCACCACUUCUCUUUGCUCAGUUUUCAUGCUGGAAUCAAAGUACACAUGGUUACACGUGCAGAUGGCUCCUGGGACCUCCUUGGCAGCUGCUCCCCUGUCAAGUCAGUUGAUUGCUCUGUAGUGAUGCCCCUCCUGUCCUACCCUCACUCCCGUUUUCCUGUCCUUCCUCAGACCUCUGAAGGGCCCCCCUGCAAAAGGCAGCAGGCUGGGCUGCCUUGUACAGCCUGAAGCAGGCUUAGCUUGUUGGGGGGGUGGUAGUAGGGAGAACUGUGUCCAUGACCAAAAAACUCUCCACUUGUGGCCUGUCAGUGUCCCCGCAGGCUGGUCUGUAGCAGCCAGGGCUCCCGAUCUCUUCCUGAGCAUGUGCUGCUGGAUGUCAGCUGUUGAUUGUGAAUGGUUGAGAUGCAGCAGGAUGUAGUGAUGCAGCAGUGGCUCAUCCCCAUACUGGAUUUGUCAGGAGGAAAGGGGAGUCUGGAGUAGCUGUCGCGACUGCAGGAGUGGCCUUGGUGUGAGCUCUGGUGCCUGGGAACAGCUGCUUGAAAUCCCUGAGUGGGUGACAACUCUGCUGGGAGGUGGCUUAGCCCACUGGUAUCUGUGUACAUGCAGGGGUUAUGUCACCUUGAAGGGACCCCAGGCACUGCAGCCAACGGCAUCUGUGAUCCCAUAUCUGGUGUUCAUCUCCCUCUUGGCCUUGGUGUUUUGCGUGGGACCUUGUGCUGCCAGUGAGCUACCCCAAACCUGCCCUUGACUGUGCAGUCAGGAGACAUUGUAUUUCUUUAUGAGCAGAGGUAGAGGACAGCGACCAUGAUGCCUGGCCACAUCCCAGCUAAAUUCCACCUGCAGUUUUGAUGGGAGCUGGGAUUCCUUACUGCCCUGAACCACUGGGUGGCAUUACUCAAUGAUAUGAAACCUUUCAUCUCUUUCACCCCUGGAAAGAGCUGAGGACUGCUUGCCUGGGAUUCCUGCAUUGAUUUUUGUUCUGAUCCCAUUUGUUUUUCAACUCUUGCACCAUGACUGCCCCUGUUUGAGUUCCUCACUGCAGGCUGCUAGCAUAACUCCAGGGUCGUCUUCUCCUCUGCCGUGGAGAGUCCUGGGGAAAGUGUCUCAUCACUUCUCGCAUCAUUUCAGUUCUUGCCAUUAUGCCCAAGUGCCUGGUUGCUCUGGAAAAUGGCUUUUGAGGGCAGGUUUGGUUUCCUGUUUUACCUCUGCAAAAUGCUUGCUCAGGUGCUAGGGUGCUAGGUUGCUAAUGCAGUAGUACUGGCCUCUGACACCCCCGCAGCUGCCACCGAGGCCCCUGUUCCUCUUUCAAUGGCUGCCAUCAUGCUGCUGAGCCUUCCCGUGCCCAUUGUUCAUGGUUAGAGCACUUAGCACGUGGGCAUCCUCUCCUCAUGCCUCCACGUCCCCCCUCUGCCAUCCUGCUGGGGCCAUAGGCUCACAGCCCUGGGAGGCUGGGGCAGAGCAGAGGGGACAGCAGAGCUGCAACGCCAUAAAACGCGCACACUUACCUUGCCGGGGACGAACAAAACUUGGGGUAACAAAGCUGCAAGCACGUUCUUGUCACUACAGAGAUGCCAAGGAGCACCAGCUGCUCAACCAAGGCAGACUGACUGCUACACCAAAGAAUUCAGAUUCAAGAAGAUGCGUUUUUCAAGGGCUGGAGAUGCUCUUACUUUCUUUCAUGAACUGUUUUAGUCUCUGCCAGCCUUCGCCAGCUGCCCUCAAGCUGAUCAUUUGGCUGCCCUGCUCCUGAGUGUGCCAGGGAUGACAGAUCCAAGGCUCGGCGACCUUGGAAGCAAGACAUUGUGCUGAUAUUAGAGGAGAUGUGGCUGUGUUUUUUCUGAUUUAAAACCCCAAGGAGCGUCCAGAGGAAGGUGCCUGCUGAUGCAAACCAAGGCUCUUUGGGAAAGGUGGCGUGCAGGGGAGUCAUCCUCAGUGUGCUCAGCAGAGUGGUUUUCAUCACGCGCUCCACAAAGCUGCUGUGCUUCAGGCUUUUGCAGGCGUUGUGUGUGUGUGCCUUGGCAGGGCUGCUGCUCGGCGCCCUAUCCUGGGCAGGGGACUGCUCUGCUGGGAAACUUCCCUGGCUUGGGCUGGCGGUGGGCUGGUGUGUCCCGUGGUUGUGGCACGGAGCAGGGGGGGGAAUUGUGUCUCAUUUGUGCUGCCUGGAAAAUGGCGACCGAAAGCCGUGGGGCUGGCACUGCCCGCGUGGCCGUCCCGAGGGAUGGUACUGCUACGAGGAGGCCCGGGCUCAGUGUAACUCAGUUCCCAUGCCCGUUUCUCCACCCCAUCUCCGUCUAUUCUUCCCUCAACACUUCAGGCUGCUUAUUUACUUCGAGGCACAGCCACAUUCCCCUUGGCAAGCCACGGUGCCGGCACGGCACGUGGGGAGCAGGGCUGGGAGGCACUGCCCUCUCCCCUGAGCUCUGACUCGAUUCGUCAUGUGGCUUGGAGCGAGCUUGUUGUUUUAUGUUUUGUGAUUAACCUCUCCGUGCUUCAGUACCCCACUGGGGAAAAAAAAAAGGGAAUGGACCCAGCUUUGGAAAGUGGUUUGGGAGCUCUGCAUGCAGCGUGGUGCUACAUGGUGGCGUUAACGCUUUCGUUCUCAUUCAGCAGCUACACUGUGAGGGUGGAAGUGAUGCUUGGAAAUAGAGCCUUUUUUCCUUAAAAAAACCCCAAAACAGGCAAGUUGGCACCGCUCGUUCACCCAACAGCUUUGCCUUGGACUGCUGCGGUCCUUGGAGCCUGUGCCCCGCAUCCAGCCCCGUAUCCCUUUGCUUGCAGCCCUGGGCUACCGCUGGCCGACCCCGCCGGGGGCUGCGCAGUACCUCGUGUGCGGGAGGUGGCCGGGGAGGGGUCGCUUCGUUAUUAAAUGUCUAAUUAAUCAGUGGUGUGGGAGAUUUGCCGUCCUAGCGUGCCGCGCGGCUCCGGGCGGUUGUGAAACAGAGAUCUGUAAAUAAAACCGUGAGAUCCAAG